AGUUAUGUUGUGCUAUGGAAGGGGUGCCAUGGAAUGUACCAGGAGCAGUGUUUAACAUACCCAGCCCCUCAUUGGGACAGUGGAAAGCUCAGAGGUGGAGUUUGAAACUCAUAGAGCUAAUAGAGAACUCAGUGUGACAGAGAGUAUGUGGGCGACACUAACACAGAUGCUUUUCACAAAUACUGCUGUACGGCAUCUUUCACGCUCUCAGCGCCAGUACUAGAGAGGAAAAAGUGGCUGGAAUUGAAUGAGGAAGUUGCUUGCGACACUUGUUGAAGUUACCAAGUAACAACAAUGCAGUAUACGAGACAUACUUCCAUCAGUUGGAAUCUGGAAGCUCUGCUAAAGUUUUAUCUUCAGAUGCUGCUUUUUUCUUGAAGAGGUCGGGCCUAGCUGACCUGGUGCUCGGGAAGAUUUGGGAUUUGGCAGAUACAGAUAGCAAAGGCUAUUUAAAUAAACAGGAGUUUUUUGUAGCUCUGCAGCUGGUGGCAUGUGCACAGAAUGGAAUGGAAGUCUCCCUUAAUAGUCUUAAAGCUGUGGUUCCCCCUCCCAGAUUUCAUGAUGCUGGAAGCCCACCCUUGGUUGGAACUGCAUUAACUACAGACCUACCAUGGGCUGUCAAGCCAGACGAAAAGGCCAAAUACAAUGUCAUAUUUGACAGUUUAAACCCAGUGAAUGGAUUCCUGUCCGGUGAUAAAGUUAAACCCGUGUUGCUUAAUUCAAAGCUUUCUGUGGAUAUUCUAGGAAGAGUUUGGGAGUUAAGUGAUAUCGACCACGAUGGUUUAUUAGACAGAGAUGAGUUUGCUGUUGCAAUGUUUCUUGUAUACUCUGCUCUUGAGAGAGAGCCAGUUCCUAUGUCAUUACCUCCUACUCUGGUACCACCAUCUAAGAGGAAAAUGCCCAUUUCUUCUGCAUCUUUACCAGUCAUUCCUACUUUACCUAUGCCACCUUCAAAAGAGCCACGGCAAUCGCUGCCACCAGUUGGAAUUAUGCCUACAAAGGUACCAGUGUCUCAGUGGGUCGUCUCCCAUGCAGAAAAAACAAAAUGCGAUGAGCUCUUUAACAAGCUAGAUAAGGAUAUGGAUGACCUGCUGUCUGGACUGGAAGUUCGGGAGAUUUUUCUGAAGACUGGAUUGCCUUCAGUAUUGCUUGCUCAUAUAUGGACUCUUUGUGACACAAAAGAUUGUGGAAAACUAUCCAAAGAACAAUUUGCUUUGGCUUUUCAUUUGAUCAAUCAGAAGAUUGUUAAGGGUGUUGACCCUCCUCAUGUUCUCUCUCCUGAAAUGAUACCUCCAUCGGAAAGGAAUGCUGCACCUAAGAUUCCUUCUGCUUCUAGCCCUGUUGCUGAUUUCUCGGCCAUCAAAGAAUUGGAUUCUCUAAAUAAUGAGAUUGUGGAAUUGCAGAGGGAAAAAACAAGUGUGGAGAAGGAACUGGGCGAGAAGGAGGAUGCUGUUAAAUGCAGAACAAGCGAGGUUCAGGACCUUCAAGAUGAGGUGGAGCGAGAGACAAUUAAUCUGCAGAAUUUGAAGUCUCAAAAGCAAGAAGUGCAACAGAUUCUGGAUGAGCUGGAUGAACAAAAAGCAAAAUUGGAAAGUGAACUGCAGGAGCUGCAGCUAAAAUAUGCAGAGGAGACUCAGAUGAUCUCAUCAUUAAAGGUGGAGAUAGCUACGCAGGAAACACAGAUUUCCAGUUAUGAAGAUGAGCUGAGCAAGGCGAAGUCAGAGCUGAACAGGCUCCAAGAGGAAACCAUUAUGUUAGAAGAGAAUCUGGAAGCUGGGAAGCGGAGGUUGUCACCUCUGGAGCAGGAGCUGCAGGAAUCCCAGUUGGAAAUAUGCUCUGUUCAGGCAAAGCUGGAAGAACUGAAAGCUUCAGAGAAUAGCGUUGAGCAUCUUAACUGGUGCCAUCACUUAGUAAAUGGUAUUGGAGAUCACUCCAGUCUAAGUAACAGCAGCAGCGAGCCUACAAAUCUGAAUGAGAAUACAGGGUGUGACAGCCCGGGCCAGCUAGAACACCAGAGCCAUAACUCUCCUGUUAGAAGCAGUCCUGAUAUAAAUCAGACUUCUGGGAGUGAAGGUGAAGAAAAAGAUAUUGUAAAUACACUGGUUGCUGAAAAGGAGGUCACUUUUCAGGUUGAUCCCUAUGAUGUGAAUGCAGAUGUCCCCCCUACUGCUCCUGUCCACAAUCCUGGAUUGGACUUCUUUCAGAAUGAUCCUUUUGUUGGCAGUGAUCCAUUUAAAGAUGAUCCAUUUGGAAAAAUAGAUCCAUUUGGUGGGGAUCCUUUUAAAGAUUCCGAUCCGUUUGCUUCUGAUGUCUUUUUUAAACAGUCUUCUGCAGAUCCUUUUACAUCCUCUAAAGUAGAUUCUUCCAAAGAAGAUCUUUUCUGUGUGUCCAAAGCAGAUUCUUUCACAGCCUCGAAUGCAGACCCUUUUGAGCCCUCCAAAGCAGAGCCUUUCACAUCUUCAAAAGCUGAUCCUUUCCAGUCCUCUGACGAGGAUCCUUUCACAACCUCCAAAGUUGAUCCUUUCUUAGCCGCAGAAAACACUCUUCCUUCCGAAGACACUUUAAAAAGUAGUGAUCCAUUUGCUCCAGGUGGAACAGUAGUCUCAGCUGUUACUGAAUCAGGUUCUGAAGAUCCAUUUGCUUCUUUUUUUGGUAGUGAGUCUUUUGGAACGGGAUUUGCUGACUUUAGUUUACUUUCUAAGCAGACCAGCACAGAUACUUUUGAUGCUACUUUACAAGUCAAAGACAAGGAGUCUUUAAACAAGACUUUAUUUGAGGAUGUCUCUACCCAGCAGGAAGAGGUUCCUCCUGCACUGCCCCCCAAAAUUGGAACCCCUACACGUCCUUGUCCCCUUCCACCAGGGAAGAGGCAUACGCCUAGAGCCACUGAAUCUUUAAACUUGUUCCAGCAAGGUGAUCCCUUUCAGCAGUUGAAUCAGAGCUUCUACAAAGAGACACUAUCUGAACCCUUGGAUAUUAGCAAAGCAACCAGUGAUUCUGAAGGCCUUAAUAGCUUUAGCACAUACCAGUCUGAAGAUGAUAUGAUUGAGUGGGCUAAGCGGGAGAGUGAGAAGGAAGAGGAAGAGAGACUGACGAGGCUGAAGCAACAAGAGCAGGAGGACUUGGAGCUUGCAAUAGCGCUCAGCAAAUCUGAGCUAUCAGAGGCAUGAAACUGACAACCACGCUCCAGUGGAACAUAACAAACCAGUCACCUUCUUCCUAAAUAUAUUUAAGAUAGUUUUAAAAAUCUUUCUGUGUCUAGAAGUAUUUAACAUUACCUUUAACUCUAGCUUUGCUAGAGGGCUAAUAAAAUAACCCUCUAGGCUUUUAUCUCU